AUGCCUUCCAAGAACGAGCCCGCCUUGCUCAAGGUUCACCGCACCAAGUACCGUGGUGCUGGUGCCGGCCCAAUCCCCAAAUCAGAGCCAUUCAAUACCUCCUUCUCGAUGCCCCCAAAGAGACCUUGGCGCGCAGACUCGGGUGUCAGACUGCUGAGUUUCACCAAUCAUCAGAUCGCUGAUCAGAUGGAUCGAGUCAAUUGCGGCAUCGGCGAGUUCAUGGGCGAGCUUGAGCAACUCGAGACCCAUAUCAAGGAUCUCAAUCACCCGCUUCUGCUGGGUUGGGAAGCCGACAUCAUCACCCGUCUUAUCGAGGUUGCUCAUUCCAAGGAGCCAAAUCUCUCUUCCAGCAGUAUCUUGUUGACUGCUCACUACCUUGAUCGCGAAACUAUGUCGCGUGGCUACAGCCUCGCUGCGCGGAAGAUCUCUCUUGAGACGCUGCACAAGUUCGGUCUUCGCGAGCAACACCAUGAGGUGCUGAGACGGUACGACGAGCUCGUUGAGCACCGCAGUAAGAACCCUUUCCACACCGAGAGUUUCUUUGCCAGAUGGCUUGUUCACAAUCGUCUAAACAUACCUGAGAAGUAUGCUUUCUGGGCUCCGUUCUUCCUCGCAUGCUAUGGUCGAUCCAUCAAUGAGAGCGCUUCCUUCUUUUAG